GAGCAGCUCUCGGAGCGCCGGCUGCAGUGUGCUGAUGCCUGCGCCGAUCGCGGGGAGCCGCUGAGCCGCGGCCGAGGGCAUUUCUUGUGUUGCCAGGAGUGCAACCCCUGCUGGAAAGAGCGACGUUAAGGCCAGCAAGAUGGCGGGAGCAUCUGUGAAGGUGGCGGUGCGAGUGCGUCCGUUCAACUCCCGUGAGAUGAGCCGGGAUUCCAAGUGCAUCAUCCAGAUGACAGGAAGCACCACCACCAUCGUUAACCCAAAGCAGCCCAAAGAGACGCCCAAAAGCUUCAGCUUUGACUUUUCCUAUUGGUCUCACACUACGCCUGAAGACAUAAAUUAUGCAUCUCAGAAGCAGGUGUACCAGGACAUCGGAGAGGAAAUGUUGCAGCAUGCCUUCGAGGGCUAUAACGUCUGUAUCUUUGCCUAUGGGCAGACAGGGGCUGGCAAAUCCUACACCAUGAUGGGGAGACAGGAGAAGGAUCAGCAAGGCAUCAUCCCACAGCUGUGCGAGGACCUCUUCUCCCGAAUCAACGACGCCACGAAUGACAACAUGUCCUAUUCUGUAGAGGUGAGCUACAUGGAGAUAUAUUGUGAGCGUGUGCGGGACCUGCUGAAUCCCAAGAAUAAGGGGAACCUGAGGGUGAGGGAGCACCCCCUCCUGGGUCCCUAUGUAGAGGACCUCUCCAAGCUGGCCGUCACUUCCUACAAUGACAUCCAGGACCUGAUGGACUCUGGGAAUAAAGCCAGGACGGUCGCUGCCACAAACAUGAAUGAAACCAGCAGCCGAUCGCACGCUGUCUUCAACAUCAUCUUCACCCAGAAACGGCAUGAUGCAGAAACCGACAUCACCACCGAGAAGGUCAGCAAAGUCAGCCUGGUCGACCUGGCUGGGAGUGAACGGGCCGAUUCUACUGGGGCCAAGGGCACGAGGCUAAAGGAGGGAGCGAACAUCAACAAGUCUCUGACCACACUGGGGAAGGUCAUCUCUGCGCUGGCUGAAAUGGAUUCGGGGCCCAAUAAGAACAAAAAGAAGAAAAAGACAGACUUCAUCCCGUACCGGGACUCCGUGCUGACCUGGCUUCUCCGGGAAAACCUGGGUGGUAACUCCAGGACUGCUAUGGUUGCUGCUCUCAGCCCUGCUGAUAUCAACUACGAUGAGACCCUCAGUACUUUAAGGUAUGCUGACCGUGCCAAACAGAUCAGAUGCAAUGCUGUCAUUAAUGAGGAUCCUAACAAUAAGCUGAUCAGGGAGCUGAAGGAUGAGGUGGCUCGUCUGAGAGAUCUGCUCUACUCCCAGGGUCUUGGGGACAUCAUUGACACUAACACUGCUCCAGGACAACCUAAAUACAUGACCGACUUUGAGAACAAUAAUGGUAACCGUAGCCUGGCAGAACUGAGUCAACGCCCUGACAAUCUCUCCACAGUGACCAAUGCCUUAGUGGGGAUGAGCCCGUCCUCCUCGCUGUCAGCCUUGUCCAGCCGAGCUGCCUCUGUCUCCAGCCUCCACGAACGCAUCAUGUUUGCUCCAGGCAGUGAAGAGGCCAUUGAGAGGCUGAAGGAAACAGAGAAGAUCAUUGCUGAGCUGAACGAGACCUGGGAAGAAAAGUUGCGGAGGACAGAAGCAAUCCGCAUGGAGAGGGAAGCUUUGCUGGCUGAAAUGGGCGUCGCCAUGAGAGAAGAUGGAGGCACACUGGGUGUGUUCUCUCCUAAAAAGACGCCUCACCUGGUCAAUCUCAACGAGGACCCGCUGAUGUCUGAAUGCCUUCUGUACUACAUUAAGGAUGGGAUAACCAGGGUCGGCCGAGAGGACGCAGAGAAGAGGCAGGACAUCGUGUUGAGCGGACAUUUCAUUAAGGAAGAGCACUGCAUUUUCCGCAGCAACACCAAGGCCAGUGGCGAAGUAGUGGUGACACUAGAACCUUGCGAAGGGGCCGACACCUACGUCAAUGGCAAAAAAGUGAUGGAACCCAGUGUCCUGCGAUCUGGAAACCGCAUCAUCAUGGGGAAGAGCCAUGUGUUCCGAUUCAACCACCCUGAGCAGGCUCGCCAGGAGCGGGAGCGGACCCCAUGUGCAGAGACCCCCGCAGAGCCAGUGGACUGGGCCUUCGCGCAGCGAGAGCUGCUGGAGAAACAAGGCAUUGACAUGAAGCAGGAGAUGGAGCAGAGGCUUCAGGAACUGGAGGACCAAUACCGCAAAGAGAGAGAAGAGGCCAACUAUCUUCUUGAGCAGCAGAGGCUGGACUAUGAGAGUAAACUGGAGGCUUUACAGAAGCAGAUGGACUCCAGGUAUUAUCCUGAGGCCAAUGAGGAAGAGGAAGAACCCGAAGAUGAAGUACAGUGGACUGAGCGGGAGUUUGAGCUGGCCCUCUGGGCUUUCAGGAAGUGGAAGUGGUACCAAUUCACAUCUCUCCGGGACCUGCUGUGGGGCAAUGCAAUUUUCUUAAAGGAGGCCAAUGCCAUCAGCGUGGAGCUGAAGAAGAAAGUCCAGUUCCAGUUCGUCCUCCUCACAGACACUCUUUACUCCCCUCUGCCUCCCGACCUGCUGCCCCCCAGUGCUGCCAAAGACCGAGAGAAACGGCCCUUCCCACGAACCAUUGUGGCUGUGGAGGUGCAGGACCAGAAGAAUGGAGCAACACAUUACUGGACUCUGGAGAAACUCAGACAGCGGCUGGAUCUGAUGCGUGAAAUGUACGACAGGGCAGCAGAAGUGCCUUCUAGCAUCCUUGAGGACUGUGACAAUGUCGUGACCGGUGGAGAUCCCUUCUACGACCGCUUCCCCUGGUUCAGACUGGUUGGCAGUUCAGAUAUCUCUGGCUGCAACAGCUCUCCUCUUUUCAACACAUGCAUGAGCGAGCGCAUGGCUGAUCUCACCCCCUCCCCCACCUUCUCGAACCCCGACUCCGACAUCACCGAGCCUGCUGACGAGCAGCACGUGGGGAAGGAGGAGGAGGAGGAGGAGGAGGACCUGGAGGAAGACAUCUUUCCGGAGUACCCGCUGUAUGAUGGCCGGGAUCCAUUUUACGACCGCUCCCCCCUGUUCAGUUUAGUAGGAAGGGCAUUCGUGUACCUCAGCAACCUGCUGUACCCAGUGCCACUAGUGCACCGCGUUGCCAUCGUCAGCGAGAAGGGCGAGGUGAAAGGCUUCCUGCGUGUGGCAGUCCAGGCCAUCUCAGCGGAUGAAGAAGCCCCGGAUUAUGGUUCAGGAGUACGGCAGUCAGGGACAGCCAAAAUAUCCUUUGAUGAUCAGCACUUUGAGAAGGUACAGUAUGGCAGCCAGCCCCAGUUCCAGUCUGAGGCCUGUCCCAUGGCGGGGAUGUCUCGUUCAGGGACCUCGCAGGAGGAACUGCGGAUUGUUGAAGGCCAGGGGCAGAUAACUGACAUCGGACCUUCUGCAGAUGAAGUCAACAACAACACUUGUGGAGUGACUCCAGAUGAUCUCCUCCUCGACAAUCCAGAGAAAGUUGCUCUAGACGACCCAUUGGAAGCAGUUCUGGACCAUCUGACACUGGGCAGCAUCUUCACCUUCCGAGUGACAGUUCUGCAAGCCUCCAGCAUCUCUGCAGAAUAUGCAGAUAUCUUCUGCCAGUUUAACUUUAUCCAUCGUCACGAUGAGGCCUUUUCAACGGAGCCCUUGAAGAACACAGGACGAGGACCACCUCUAGGGUUCUAUCAUGUCCAGAACAUUGCGGUGGAGGUGACCAAGUCAUUCAUUGAGUACAUCAAGAGCCAACCGAUUGUGUUUGAGGUGUUCGGGCAUUAUCAGCAACAUCCCUUCCCUCCUCUCUGCAAGGACGUGCUCAGCCCACUGAGACCAUCCCGACGCCACUUCCCCCGGGUCAUGCCAUUGUCCAAGCCAGUGCCAGCGACGAAGCUGAGCACCCUGGCACGCCCCAGCGCCGGGCCGUGCCAGUGCAAAUACGAUCUGAUGGUCUUCUUUGAGAUCUGCGAGCUGGAGGCCAAUGGCGAUUACAUUCCUGCCAUGGUUGAUCACCGCGGAGGGAUGCCAUGCCUUGGAACCUUCCUUCUCCACCAGGGAAUCCAGAGGAGGAUCACCGUGACAUUAGUGCAUGAAAACAGCAGCCUCGUUCACUGGAAAGAAGUGCGAGAGCUGGUUGUAGGUCGGAUCCGAAACACCCCAGAGGGGGACGAGUCUCUGAUUGACCCCAACAUCUUGUCUCUGAACAUCCUGUCGUCUGGAUACGUCAGCCCCUCCCAGGAUGAUCGAACAUUUUACCAGUUUGAAGCAGCGUGGGACAGCUCCAUGCAUAACUCCCUGCUGUUGAACCGAGUCACCCCUUACAGAGAGAAAAUCUUCAUUACCCUGUCUGCUUACAUUGAGAUGGAGAACUGCACCCAGCCAGCUGUGAUCACCAAAGAUUUCUGCAUGGUCUUCUACUCCAGAGAUGCUAAACUUCCAGCAUCUCGCUCCAUCCGCAAUCUCUUUGGCAGCGGGAACCUGCGAGCCUCGGAGAGUAACCGUGUGACUGGGGUGUAUGAGCUCAGCCUUUGCCGUGUGGCUGAUGCCGGCAGUCCAGGUAUGCAGAGACGACGCAGGCGUGUGCUGGACACCUCUGUUGCAUACGUGCGCGGUGAGGAGAACCUGGCUGGGUGGAGACCUCGAAGUGACAGCCUCAUCCUGGAUCAUCAGUGGGAGCUGGAGAAACUCAGCCUCCUACAAGAGGUUGAGAAGACGAGACAUUACCUGCUCCUACGUGAGAAACUGGAGACGACCCAACGAUCAGGCCUGGAGUCCCUGUCCCCAUGUUCCAGUGAGGAUUCUGACUCCCAUAGCACUUCCUGUGUCUCCUCUCCACUCUCAGCAGAUGGUGCCUUAGAGGGCAGGAGCUCGCCCUUGGAGACCCCCAGCGAGAGGCAGAAAGAGCUUGCCGUCAAGUGCUUGCGUCUCCUCACACAUACAUUUAACAGAGAGUACAGUCACAGCCAUGUCUGCAUCAGCGCCAGCGAGAGCAAGCUUUCAGAAAUGUCUGUGACCCUGCAGAGAGACCCCUCCAUGCCAGCUCUUGGUGUCACCACCCUGACUCCCUCUUCCACCUGUCCAUCACUGCUAGAAGGACGGUAUAAUGCCACUGAGGUCAGAACCCCACAUCUCUCUUCCAGGGCAGAAAGCCCUGAGCCAGAACCUGUAGUGGAGGGAGAACAGAAGAAGUCUCCCACACAUGGGCCUGAAGAUGAGAAAGAGAGCCAGCGCUUACUGGUCCCUGAUAUUCAGGAGAUCCGGGUGAGUCCCAUUGUCUCAAAGAAAGGCUACCUGCACUUCCUCGAGCCUCACACCAAUGGCUGGGUGAAGCGCUAUGUGGUGGUGAGGCGCCCCUAUGUGUACAUCUACAACUCAGACAAGGAUUCUGUGGAGAGAGCCAUCCUCAACCUCUCCUCCGCUCAGGUGGAGUACAGUGAGGACCAGCAGGCCAUGCUCAAGACCCCCAACACAUUUGCAGUAUGCACAGAGCAUCGUGGAAUCCUGCUGCAGGCGAGCAGCGACAAGGAUAUGCACGACUGGCUGUAUGCAUUUAACCCUCUGUUAGCUGGAUCCAUAAGAUCCAAGCUGUCCAGAAGGAGAACAGCCCAGAUGAGAAUCUAACCUAAAACCAUUCUCCACCUCAUCUGUCUGCCAGCAGGAUCAAGAUUGCUGGUUCUAUACAAGAGUCCCUAUCUUAACAUCAAAUCUUUCAUGCCAUCUACCACCCCAGCUGCCUGUUCCACAAAUGGAUCCAUCUCGAUUUACCUUCACUGGGAAAAUUUCUGUUGUAUCUGAAAAAGCCUGGUACAGCCUGGUCAUGAUUUCUUGUGCGUAUGUGAUCUUCUGCCCAUCUCCUCAUUGAGUGACCUUAGUGUCACAUGAUCUGUAACUCUCAAAAGGAGGAGCUGUGUUUUUUUAUUUUAAAGCAAGGCUUCAAUUUAAGGAGGAAGGAGCGUUUGAAAGAUCAGAGAUUACUAGACAUGAAGAAUUGCUUCCAUGUGAAGAGAAAGUUAUAAGUUUAAGUACUGAUACUUCUUAACUUAUUGAUGUUUUAAAAGAAGAUAGAUUAAGUUAUGGUAGUUUGAGAUUAUAUUUAUAAAGUAUUUAUUUCUGUUUACUUCACUGAAAUCUGUAAAUUGAGUUUAUCCCAGGUUGUUGCUCAUGUCUGCAUAUAUAAAGCCUCCCCAAGGGAAGGCGGGGCCUUGGAUGGUGGGCCUGUGGGAAGAGGGUUGUCAGGCCAUUUUGUGAUGCCAUCUUUGUCUUCUUUCUCUAUCCCAGCACUGGGAGGUCUGGAUGGAUUCAGGAGGUCAUGCUCCCACCUCUGUGCAAACACAUACACACUGACUUCAGAACUCUCACCCUCCUGCCCCUACCCCAUCUCCUUAGCCUUGACUCCAGAGCUCAAACCACUUUUCCUCCAUGUGGUGAUUGGAUAGUGCGCUGUGCCCUCCCAAAUGAGGCUAUCCACACAUAGCACAGCAAAGACAUGCACACGGAAAAGUCACCGCACUUAUCGAAGCACUUUGUGUGUGUAUCCCAUCCCCUCCAUUCCCCCAAGUGCUUGAAACCCAGCAGUGUAGGGUUCAGUGACUGGACAAGUAGAAUGCAAUGACGACAGGUUCUGGUUGGUUCUACGUUCUAUUCUGUCUGUUUUCAGGGCCCAACUUCAAAUGGGGUGAAAGGGAUGGAAAGGGGAUCUGAAGUUCUGGAAGGGCAGAUGGUUCUGCCAGUUCACUUUUGGGGUGGGGUGCUGUUUGAAUGCUCCAAAUGAGUACAAUGCAGUCUGCCUCUCAAUAUCCUCAGUCACCUAGUACAGGGGUUGGCAGCCUUUCAGAAGUGGUGUGCUGAAUCUUCAUUUAUUCACUCUAGUUUAAGGUUUUGCGUGC